AUGGAGGGAGAGAGAGAUAACGACGACUGGUUCUUGAUCUGCUAUCCUGUAUCUCUGGGAACUAUCAGAUCCAUUCAACUUUGGCACGACAAUACUGGAAGAAGCGCUGACUGGUUUUGCUCCAAGGUGAUAAUCUAUGAUUUAUUCGAUAAUAUGCAGUACAUAUUCCUGGUGGAGCAGUGGCUCGCUCUGGAAGCAGACGAGUUCCCAGAAGCAGUUAUGCGCCCAGCGACAGUCGAUGAAAUACUGAGUGUCAAAAGGUUAUUUUUAGACAAUUCUAUGUCCAGUUUUCGAGAGAACCAUCUGUGGAUGAGCGUCGUCUCAAGACACCCUCGUAGUCUUGUAACCAGAAAAGAACGCGUAACCGUGUUGAUGGUUUGCAUAAUGACAGCUAUGCUAGCAAACAUAAUGUUCUUCGAGUUUUCCACCACUCAUGCAGAGGGGGUUGAUGAUCCGUCGUUUGAUAUUGGAAUGAGAGAAGUAUUUAUUAGCUUGGAGAGUUUUAUAAUCUCUGCUAUUUUUGCAGCUUUGGUCCUCAUUUUAUUCAAAUUGAGUUACAGGCAGGAAAUCCCAAAGUCCAAGACAACUCUUCAGACUCCUACCAGAAGAUCGAUAAGUGACCCUGCUGAGUAUUGGCAAUCCAGCCUGUUGACACAUGUCGACUUGACGAAUAUGCAAUCGUAUUGUGAAAAACCUAUGAGGCGUCGAAAAGACAUGUCCAGCUACGAUUUCUUUAUCUUCGUCUUAAAGAAGAUGGCGGCUCCAAAGAGGCUGAGGCCGGUGCAACUACUAUCCAGUUCUUUGCAGUAUCACGUCAAGAGGACAUGGAUGAUCAUCGCCUGGGUAGUAUCCACAAUCAUUAUCGUUGUCAGUGCUUACUUAGUGAUGCUGUACAGCCUGAAGUAUGGAGAAGUACAGAGUCUAAAAUGGCUAAGUAGCCUAACCAUGACUAUGGGCCAAGACAUAUUCGUAUUUACGCCUAUUAAAAUCAUAAUCCUAGCGGUUAUUCUGUCCAUGGCCUUUGAAAGAAUAUUUGAUGCCGGUUACUUUCAACUUAAGGUCAAAGAUGCAAUGAGAUUAGAGCUAUAUGGGAACCGAGAAUAUUUAAAUGAAUUGGUUGCAAGAAGAACACAUAAAAUGUAUUAUCCAAUGUCAGACCAGGAGAAAUUGGUGUGGAGAGAAAAACAAAUCAGACGGUCGAAAUGGAAAUCUCUCAUUGACUUGAUCGUGGUGCUGUUGUUUAUCCUGGUGCUGUGCUUAGUCAUGAGCAACAUGUGGAGUGGGUCUCAUUUUGUCCCGAAUAACCACGCCAUCAAUGUCCUUCAAUCUCAUUUGGAUCCUGAAAACUUCAUGUUAACCAAAGUUGUUAAUCGGACGGACUUCAAUGCGUUUAUGGAAACAACAUUUAUAGCUUCGCUCUACACCUUCAGAUGGUAUAACUUAAUCGAAAUGCCUAUUCUAACAUUUAAAGAUAAAAUGUAUGCAAGGAAAGACUGGAGCAGCGACUUUAUAUCGAGGUUGAUAGGAAUCCCUCGUAUACGUCAAUUACGCGUUAAGCCAGAGUGUGAGGUAAAUGAAUUGAUGAAACCAAUGGUGCCGUAUUGUACACUUCCUUGGAGCAUAUUGAACUCAGACAAUGAUGACUACGGUAUUCGUUGGCGCCAAGCGACCUUCCAAGACCUUCAGCGCUACUUCACCUACUGGAGGUACACAUCUGACUCGAACUCGUCUGUGUUCUCAUUGCCUGGGAAGACGGGCAACGUUUACUCUGCCAGUGGUUAUAUCGCCGAUCUCGGUACAAACAGAGAGAAUACUGAGAGAAUCCUGCAAGAUUUAAACACCUGGAAUUGGCUGGAUCCACACACCAGGGUUGCUUUUGUGGAAUUCACUUUAUACAAUGUCAACAAUCACUUGUUUACUCAAAUUACGCUUAUAGUAGAGCACUUGCCGAAUGGGGUUUUCCUGUAUGUUCAAAAUGCGGACUCAGUUCACAUCAGGGAGGAAAUCAGUUUGUGGAACACCGCCUACAUUAUCUUCAAUAUAAUGUUAUUGAUACGAAUUUUAUACAAAAUCAACCGGAACGGGCUUCUGAAUUUCUUUUCUUCCUUUCUGAACAUUUACGAGACAGUUGUCAUUAUUGUAGGCAUACUAAGCAUUACUGCUUACAUUAUCCACUUAAAGGAAUCGUCAUAUUACGUGGAAGAAUUCCAGCGAAAAGGAACCGACACAUUUUUUCACUUCAAAGAGGUUAUCGGUUAUUUCUUUUUGACAAAAAACCUUCUAUGUGUCUUAUUUUGUUUGCUAAUUUUUCGUCUUUUUGUAAAUUGGCACUUCGGCCGUAUGUUUGUUUCCUUUUACUUUACAGCCAUUCUCUCCAAACGCUGGAUUACUAUUUUGAUUCUUGUGUUCCUGUGUAUGUUUUUCGUCUUUUGGAGAAUGAUUGGGUACACCAUAAGUACAACUAUUUUUUCAGACUAUAAAUCUCUGAUAAUUCAUCCUCAAAGCUACAGCGCCAUCCACAAACCAUUCUCUUCGACAAGGGCUGAAAUAUUUCUCUGGAUACUUUUUGUUCUGGUUCUCGGUUUAGAAGUUUUUUGCUUUGUACUUUUCGUUUACUACUACAAACUUGCCAAGAAUCACAGGCUGGACCCGAUGGACUACUUUAAUUACAUCACGUUUCUCUUUGAGGAAUUCAAACGCAUGUGCAGAAGAAAGAAGAGGCGCAACGAAAAAUCUACACGGCGUGCUAUGAAUAAACCCAUAACCGUUUGAGUUACACUUUUUGCUACAUUCGUAUUGUUUUUUUGUGUUUUUCUUAUUAUAAAAAAAAUGUUUGUUUACUUCAUGUAAUAAAUGAAAACCUAAUUCA